AUGUCACCCAAUCUGCAGAGAAAGAACGAGAUGGAGAACGGCUUGAAGAGGAGCCACGAUGAGUACUCGGGCGACGAGGUCGCCAUCGACGACCGCGGCCUUGACGCCGGCGUGAAGCAGCAGGCCACCGAGGGCGUCGUCCAGCCGAGCAAAGCCAUGUCCCCCUCCAUCGAAAUCACACGCGACACCCCUCCUCCCCAGAGCAGCCCGGACUCGCUGACCACCGCGGGCACGACCACGCCAGCACGCGACUCACCAUCGCCCAACCCCACACCGACCAAGGCCUCGCCUCUGAAGCAGACACAGACCGCCGGCGCCGCUCCCUCGUCACAACCGCCUGCCUCAACGGCGGCAUCGUCGACACCCCAGCCACCUGCUAAGCGCAAGCGCCGCACCGCCGCAGAGCUGGAGGCCGAGGCAAAAGAGAAGGCUCAGAAGAAGAAGGAGCGGGAAGAGGAGAAGGAGGCGAAGCAGGCCGAGAAGGCCAAGCUCGAUGCCGAGAAGCAAUUAAAGCGGGCCGAAAAGGCAAAGGAGGAAGCGGAGAAGCAGGCAAAGCGGGAUGAGAAGCGCCGCAAGAAGGAGGAAGAAGAUCGUAAGAUCAAGGAGGAGAAGGAGAAGAAGGAGCGUGCCCAGCCGAAGCUCAUGUCCUUCUUCACCCCCAAGAAGGCCCCCGUCACGCCAAAGAAGGAGUCGCCGGCUGCUGCCGUCAAGACGGAGAGCCCCGCAAAGGCUUCUGCCGCUGAGUCGACACCAGCGCCGGCGAAGGAGGAGAAGUCAGAGUACGAGAAGAGGUUCAAGCCCUUCUUCGUUCACGAGACGGUCCGCAUGGCCAAGAACCCCUUCGAGAUGGACGAGGAGGCACACGCGGCCAAGUCACAGAUUCUGGACGAGUACAUUGACGGCAAGAGGACAAUGGACGAGUCGAGCAAGUUCAACCCGGUCGAGAUCUUCCAACUACCCUGCCGCCCCGCACCACGAGGCCGAAUUUACCCGCCCGUCAGAUACACCAUGGAAAAGAUGCAGAAGCUCACCCAGAAGGCCGAGGGUGCCAGCGAGGAGGACAGGAAGGCAAUUACAAAGGAGACCGCAGACGCCCUUCGCAAGAUUCCCGUGAAGACACUGCGCUUCUGGCAGGAUGUGCGCCCGCCUUACAAGGGAACAGUAACCCUCAGACCGUACCAGGCAGGCAAAGACGGCAUGCGACGACUAGCACGAAACCCGACACUGCGCGGGCUUGUCCCCGUCAACUACGACCACGACUCAGAAGCCGAGUGGGAGAGCGAAGGCGAAGAUGUCGACAUUGACGACGAUGACGAAGAAGACCUCGACGGCGACGGCGAAGACAUGGACGAGUUCCUUGACGACUCGGAAGAUAGUGGACCUGCGAGAUUUGUUAGUGCCAAUGGACUCGAACCUGUGAGUACGGGAGUCUGUUGGGAGGACCGCAAACGCAUGGGCCCGAAUCGCACCAUGUACGAACACAGGAUGGAAUUCAUUCUCGAGACCCUCGAUUCCCGCCACAGCAUCGACCCCUUUUCGACAAAGUAUUGGGAGCCCGAGCCGAAGCAGAAAGCACCCAAGGCUGCGUCCAAGACGGCAGACACAUCAGCGCCGGCCAACGCCUUCCAAGCCAUUGGGGCCAAGAACACUCCGCAGACGCUUCCAAAGAAGAUCCUGGAGAAUAACGUCCUGCAGGAGCUCAAGAAGGUCAUCCAGGCGAACCCCAAGAUUGCCAAGGGCGGCUUGAUCGAUCUAUCGUACGUUGCGCUCGCCCACGCCAAGGUCUCGCGCAACGACAUCAAGGAGGCCAUCACGACCAUCGCAGAGCGUUCCGGCGGUCAAGGGCGUGCCGGCUCGUGGGUCGUGAAGCCCCUAUACCUUGAUUAA